AUGUCGGACAGCUGGGGCAGCACCCCGACCUCCCUGCGCAUCGACGACCUCCUGAUGGAGGUGGACGCGCAGAUCAAGCUCCUCGAUCAACGCGUCGCUUCCUGCGCGCUCCAGCUGCAGUUUGUGGCAGAUGUCGAAAAGCUGCAAGACCUGGUGGGGGCAGCGAUGGAGGCGAAUCAGCGUGCCGCCGACUUGUGGGAGCUGCAGCUGCUGCUGAUGGAUCAAAGGAGGAAGGAAGGAAGCUCUGCCCAUGUGCCCAAAGCAGUCUUCGAGAUCCUGUGGAGCUCGUCCCAAAGGGCUUGUGAAGAGCCCGUUGCCAGAAUCUGA